AUUAACGCCAUGGGAUGGGAUGAGUGUAUAAAUAGCUUGCAUCUUUCACCUCUAAGCCUCAGGAAAGGCACAAAAGCUUCUAAAGUUUUGGGUGUUUUCCUCUCCUCACUGCAUUUCAUCAAAGAAAACUGUGGUUUUCUCUUUGCUUCCCAGUCCUACCUUUUGAGCUCAGUUCAUCUCUUGAAACUAGUUAAGAAGUGACUAAUUCAUAACCAUGGAAGGAAAAGGUUCCCCCGGGAGUUUCUUCGAAAACGCCAAGCCUUACAUAGCUAUGAUCUCCUUGCAAUUUGGGUAUGCUGGAAUGAACAUAAUCACCAAAGUGUCCCUCAACAGGGGUAUGAGCCAUUAUGUUUUGGUUGUCUACAGGCAUGCCAUUGCCACUGCUAUAAUUGCUCCCUUUGCUCUUAUUCUUGAAAGGAAGGUGAGGCCAAAGAUGACAUUCCCAAUUUUCAUGCAAAUAUUUGUGUUGGGUCUACUAGGGCCAGUGAUUGAUCAAAACUUCUACUAUGCCGGACUGAAGUUCACAUCCCCAACUUUCUCAUGUGCGAUGAGCAACAUGCUCCCUGCAAUGACAUUUGUGAUGGCUGUUCUGUGCAGGAUGGAGAAGGUGGACAUAAAGAGGGUGAGAUGUCUAGCAAAGGUGGUGGGAACUAUAUUGACAGUGGGAGGAGCCAUGUUGAUGACAUUGUACAAAGGGAAUGUCAUUAAUUUCUUUUGGACAUCCCACAUCCAACCUAGGAACUCUAGUGCUCCUCAAACAUCUGCUGGUUCUGACAAGGAUUGGCUCAAAGGAUCCAUUCUCCUCAUUCUGGCUACUUUUGCUUGGGCCUCUUUCUUCAUCAUUCAGGCUGUUACACUAAAGAAAUACACAGCACAACUUUCCCUCACAGCUUUGGUAUGCUUCUUGGGUACUUUGCAAUCCAUUGCUGUCACUUUUGCAAUGGAGCACAAGGCCUCAGUUUGGACCAUUGGCUGGGACAUGAACCUUCUUGCUGCCGCCUAUGCUGGAAUUGUGUCAUCAAGCCUUGCAUACUAUGUCCAAGGUAAAGUGAUGCAGAAGAGGGGUCCUGUUUUUGCUACAGCUUUUAGUCCAUUGAUGAUGGUCAUUGUUGCUGUCUUGGGAUCAUUUCUUCUUGCUGAGAAAAUCUAUACUGGAAGUGUAAUGGGUGCUGUGCUGAUUGUCUUCGGGCUAUACGCGGUUUUGUGGGGAAAGUACAAGGAAUACAAAGAGAAGUGUAUGAUGGAGGCCAUGGAAGAACCAGUGAAAAUCCAGAACAGGAAGAUGGUGGUGGUGGUGAUCGAAAAAGAUUGUGUUUUGGAGAAAGAUUUGGAAAUGCAGAAAACCGAUAAUCCUCCUGAGCCACAGCCUGCGGUGGCAACUUCCCAGGCUGCUUGCUGCAUUUAACUAUUCUUAUGAGUUAUGGUUACAAGAAUGGAAAUAAAAGAGAAUGGAGUUUAAUAUAGAAGUAGCUAAGAGCAGAGGAAAGCUAGAAGGGCAUUUUCGUCCUCAUGACUUUCUGUUUUUUUUGUAGUUUUUUAUUUUGCUUCCCCAUGGGUAUAUCGCAAUGAGAUGGUAUGUAACAUUUUAUUAGAGCUAAAGUUUAAUUAAAAAAUAAUUUAUUUCAAACACCAUAUCUCGCACUAUUAUAU